AUGAACAAUGCGGACGAGUGGCGAUUGAGUCCGUUAUCUUUGGAGGAUCUUUUCGCCGGCUUCAGUCUUAUUUUCAUUGCGAUUUUCUCAAUAUCAGUGUACGGAAUUAUGAUGAAGAUCAUGAAAAGACAAGACAAAGAAAUCGUUGGAUAUCGUUUCCUAAUAUCUGCCGGAUGUUCUGAUCUCCUUUUAUUGGUCAACUACGGUAUCUGGCCAGGGUUGACGAUACUAUUGAAAUCUGAAAUCAUUCCAAAGUCUUGGAGGACGUGGCAGCAGUUAUAUCUUGAUUGGGCGUGGUUCUCGAUGGUAUCCCACUAUUCGGUUGUUAGCUGGUCCAGAUGGAUGGCUAUUCGAAAACCGCUCGACUUCAGGAACCAGCGACGGAAGUCGUCGUAUUUGCUGUGCGCUUUGUGUUACCUCGUCGCACUUAUUCUGGUUCUGUGUACCCAUUUCCAACCAUGGUACGUGACAUUCUACUACGAACCAUCGUCCUAUGGGAUGCUUGCUGAAAACUUUCCCCUCUACCUAUCAGGAGGUCAAUCAGCUCUUUUUCUGGCAUUCCACAUUGCUGCAAUUAUUCCACCGAUUGUAUUCUAUGGUUGGUCGAUCACACUCCUCUACAAUAGAAGAGCUAAAAUGCUACUGGGACACCAACAAACAGUUCAGAACAGCAUUGAAACAAGAUUACUGAUGCCUUGUUUGAUCAAUGUCGUCACUUUUAUCAUUGGACAAGUGUUGAUUACAGUUGGAACUGGAGAAGGAAAAUGGGCAGGGUAUACGGUAAUGGUACUCUUUGCCGCGAACUCGGCACUCAAUCCAUUUCUGUUGUUGAUCUGCUCCAAAACAUUAAGAAAACAAGUUCUUGAUCUACUCGGUGUUACCAAGAUUGCAACAUUUGACAAACUGGAAACUUCCACUGUUUACAGAAACAUCCACGCUGUUAACGGAGACUUCUGCUCUUCCAAGCUAGUAAGCACCGACGGUUCUGGUUCCCGAAGGUUCCUGAGUCUUCCAACGUUCCGAUCAAAAGAAGAACUUGCAUCGGGCACACCAGUCUGA